AUGAACCUGCCCCCGGACAAGAUGGAGCUGCUCAACCAGUAUGACAACGAGAAGAAGUGGGAGCUCAUCUGUGACCAGGAGCGUUUCCAGGUGAAGAACCCCCCGGCCGCCUACAUCCAGAAGCUGAAGAGCUGCUUGGACACGGGUGGCGUGAGCAGGAAGGUGAGGGCCACCCCUUGUCCCCCUUGUCCCCAUCCUGGGUGGGGCUUCAAGAGGCGAGUGCAGGAGUCGACCCAGGUGCUCCGGGAGCUGGAGAUUUCCUUGAGGACCAACUACAUCGGGCUGAACCCCUCGCACAGCAGGAAGGCGCUGAGGAGCUCCCGCCUGGUCAGCCAGAAGGACGACGUCCACCUCUGCAUCAUGUGUCUCCGGGCCAUCAUGAACUACCAGUCUGGCUUCAGCCUGGUGAUGAACCACCCAGCCUGUGUCAACGAGAUCACCCUGAGCCUCAACAACAGGAACGCCAGGACCAAGGCGCUGGUGCUGGAGCUGUUGGCCGCCGUCUGCCUGGUCCGAGGUGGCCACGACAUCAUCCUGGCAGCCUUUGACAACUUCAAGGAGGUCUGUGGGGAGAAGAACCGCUUCGAGAAGCUGAUGGAUUAUUUCCGCAACGACGACACCAACAUCGACUUCAUGGUGGCCUGCAUGCAGUUCAUCAACAUCGUGGUGCACUCGGUGGAGAACAUGAACUUCCGAGUCUUCCUGCAGUACGAGUUCACCCACCUGGGGCUGGACCAGUACCUGGAGAGCCUCCGCCUGACCGAGAGCGACAAGCUGCAGGUGCAGAUCCAGGCCUACCUGGACAACGUCUUCGACGUGGGGGCCAUGCUGGAGGACUCGGAGACCAAGACGGCCGUGCUGGAGCACAUGGAGGAGCUGCAGGAGCACGUCAGCCAGCUGACCCAGAAGCUGCAGGAUGAGGAGAACGACUCCAUGGCCAAGAUAGCGGAGCUGGAGAAGCAGCUGAGCCAGGCGCGGCGGGAGCUGGAGGCUCUGCGGCUCCCAGCCGCGCCGAGUGCUCCCCCCACCUCCAAUGGUUCAGUGAAGGUGAAGAAGCCCAUCCAGACCAAGUUCCGCAUGCCUGUCUUCAACUGGGUGGCUCUGAAGCCCAACCAGAUCGAUGGCACAGUCUUCAACGAGCUCAACGACGAGAAGGUGCUGCAGGAGCUGGACAUGAGUGACUUUGAGGAGCAGUUCAAGACCAAGGCGCAGGGCCCUGCCCUGGACAUCAGUGCCCUCAAGGUGAAGGCCACGCAGAAGGCUCCCAGCAAGGUCACCCUCAUGGAGUCCAACCGAGCCAAGAACUUGGCCAUCACCCUCCGCAAGGGCGGGCGCAGCAUCCAGGACAUCUGCGCGGCCAUCGAGACGUAUGACCAGCAAGCCCUGAGUCUCGACUUCCUGGAGCUGCUGCUGCGCUUCCUGCCCACCGAGGACGAGCGGACGCUGAUCCGGAAGGCGAGGAUCCCCCGCCUGGCCGAGCGCAUGAACGUCAUGAUCUUCCUGGGCAACUUCAGCGACACAGCCCAGCUGCUCAUGCCACAACUCAACGCCAUCAUCGCCGCCUCCAUGUCCCUCAAGUCCUCCAGCAAACUGCGCAACAUCCUGGAGAUCGUCCUGGCCUUUGGGAACUACAUGAACAGCAGCAAGCGCGGGGCUGCCUAUGGGUUCCGGCUGCAGAGCCUGGACGCGCUCCUGGAGAUGAAGUCCACGGACCGCAAGCAGACUCUGCUGCACUACCUGGUGCGGGUGAUCACCGAGAAGUACCCAGAGCUGAGCGGCUUCCACACCGAGCUGCACUUCCUGGACAAGGCGGGUUCAGGUAGUGCCCGUGGGCUCCGGAAAGCAGAGCAGGACAUCGAGCUGUGGAAGAAACAAGAGGCUGCAGCCAAAGAGGCAGAAUCCAGCCCCCCUGGCAGCGAGGAGCAGCCCGAGGUGAAGGUGCCCACGAGUCCCUCUCGGGCCAAGAGGCAGCAGAUGGACAUGAUUGCUGAGCUGAAGAAGAAGCAGAUGGUGAAGGAGCCGCUGAUCUACGAAGGGAAAGACGGGGCCAUCGAGGACAUUAUUUCAGCUCUGAAAUCUGUUCCUUUCACGGCCCGGACGGGUAAGCGCUCGUCCCGGCUCUUCUGCGAUGUCAGUUUCCCCGAGGAGUGUCCUCUGUAG